AUGGGAUUAGUGAGCACGGCUUUCCCACCAGAGGCUCUGCUUAAACUGCGCUACGGUAACCUUGGCAUCUGUCACACACGCUAUUCAACGACAGGGAUCUCAGAGCUGCAGAACUGCCAGCCCUUUGUUGUGGAUACGCUGCAUGGCAGGAUUGCUGUGGCACACAAUGGAGAGCUGGUUAAUUCCCGUGCCUUGCGAAAAAAGGUGAUGCGCCAUGGCGUCGGCCUUUCCACUUGCUCAGACAGUGAGCUCAUCACCCACCUGCUGGCGCUGACCCCGCCCAUGGAGGAGCUGGACACACCUGACUGGGUUGCUAGAAUUAAAAACCUCAUGUCGGAAACGACCACCUCAUACUCACUGCUGGUCAUGUUCAAAGAUGUCAUCUACGCAGUGCGAGAUCCUUAUGGGAACCGGCCCCUCUGCAUCGGAAAGCUUGUUCCCAUCUCCAGGCUCCACAGUCCAGGUGCAGAGGAGGAGGACACUGAAGGUUGGGUUGUGUCCUCAGAGUCCUGCAGCUUCCAGUCCAUCGGAGCAAAAUAUUACAGAGAGGUCUUACCAGGGGAAAUAGUUCAGCUAUCCAGGCAUGGAGUCAAGUCUCUGAGUGUUGUUCCCCGCCCUGAAGGAGACCUGCCUGCUUUCUGCAUCUUUGAAUACGUUUAUUUUGCCAGACCAGACUCCAUUUUUGAAGGGCAGAUGGUGUACAGUGUGAGGCAGCGCUGUGGUCGGCAGUUAGCCAUAGAGGCUCCAACAGAUGUGGAUCUGGUCAGCACAGUGCCAGAGUCUGCGACCCCUGCUGCUCUAGGCUACGCUCUGCAGGCUGGCCUCCCAUACAUGGAGGUUCUAUGCAAGAACCGCUAUGUUGGAAGAACAUUUAUUCAACCAAAUACCCGUCUGAGGCAGCUUGGGGUCGCCAAGAAGUUUGGGGUGCUGACUGACAACUUUGCAGGGAAACGGGUGGUGCUUAUUGAUGACUCCAUUGUCAGAGGCAACACCAUCUCCCCCAUUAUUAAGCUGCUGCGGGAAGCGGGAGCAACAGAGCUUUAUGAACUUUAUCAGGUUUUCGCCAGCCUCUGA